ACCUCCCCUGCCCCACUACCUUCAUCUCUACUUUAUCUACAGUAUGUACUCUAGUUUCUGCUCUUCUAGGCACCUACACAGCAAUACCACACAGAGGGAUGUGGUCAAAGCUCUCACUGCUAACUUGAUGCUGUUGUUGGAACCGUCACUUCUCAGGUCACAUGUGCAUGUUAACUGCUCUUAAGAGGUGUUGUCUUAUCGCGUCAGGGGUUGGCAGCCCUGCACAUAGUGUUGUGAAGUGAUCAGCCGUGAGCUUCGUCGAAAAUAAGUCAGAUUCUGACUUGCUAGUCUUACUGAUACGAUGUGACUAUUCAGAACUAUACUCAGGACUCCAGCCAACGCCCACCACUGCCUGAUCUCCUGUAGAGCUGCCCUCCACUGCUGCCUCGAAAGCCGAUUCCUGCUGCAGGUGUUUCUCACUGCCCCUAGAAGUAUCACUGUUUCUUCCUUCGAAUAGACUCACAAUGGUGACGGCGCUCAUCGCAGGUCUGACUAAGGGACUCCCGGACAACGUCUUCCCUCAAUACAGCCCCAUAUCUUCCCCCGUCCCCAAAAUUCGACUACGUUGAUUCCCCACAACAAAAACGCUUCUUUAUGGAAUUUUCCAACAUAAGUGAGGCGCUGGGUCGCGUUGUCAUCAAGGCACAAGAGGGAGCGGGACAGGCUGCAGUGGAGUUCGAAAGUCUGGUGACGGGACAAGAAGGGUUUGGAUACAAGGGUUCCCGCGUGUAUGCCUGCUGCAAGGACGAGUGGUGCCUGCUGGGGGACCUGCUGUACCAAGAACCACAAGUGCAAAAGCCCCAGAAUAUUGAGUGGGACCCACGCAUGCCUGAGGGCCACAAGGAAGAGGAAGACGAAGAAGGCAGUGAAGGUCCUGUGCACCGCCAACUGUACCGUGGAAGCCGGAGAGUGGUUAGGGAACAGCAGGAGGUCAACAAGCAGCAGAACAUGCGGGGAACAGUGGUGGCGGUGACCACUGAUUACGAUAUGGAGACCAGUACCUGGGCAGUCGGUCCCCAGCUGAAGAUCUGCCUCAGCGACAGAGGGCUCAGGUCUGGCCGCGUGGUGGGAAUCGUGACGGAGGGGAUGGAGGUAGCUCAGCAGCUGUCUCGUAUGGGCGGGAGGAGCUAUGAGCCUAAGGACAGGAUCACCAUUAGUGACUGUGGCGUCCUGUGACUUUACCAGGAUCCCUCACUGUGACCUACACUCAUCGAUCCCACUGCUGCCCUCAUUCAUGUACACCUUGAGUGCUUACACCUAACACUCCUGGUACCCCUCCACCAUGGCUCUCAUUAACUGCACAUGUGUGUGUGUGUGUGUGUGUGUGUGUGUGUGUGUGUGUGUGUGUGUGUGUGUGUGUGUGUGUGUGUGUGUGUGUGUGUGUGUGUGUGUGUGUGUGUGUGUGUGUGUGUGUGUGUACGUCACUCACGUAGCAUAAUAGAAUUUUUAUAGCAUAAUAAUGUACCAACAUAUCAUUAUUCAGGAGCCAUUUGUCCAAACAGUAAAGCAUAAAAAUAUACAUUCCCGCUUUCCUGCUGAAAAUAAAGCACAGGCACGGAACUAUU